GGUGAUGGCGGCGGAGGACUGUCAGAGGAGCGGCUUCUGCGCCGAUUCCGGCGUCUUUCGUUCUCUUCAUCGCCUCUCCCCUCGCCAUCUCCCGUCCUCCGAUUUCCCCCUCGACGCUGCCUCCUUCGUGCUCUCGCUACUCCCGCCUGCCGACCGACUCGCUUUCCUCGACUUGGCUUCCGGCCAGGGCCUCUCCUUCUCCGAUCUACGUCGCUCUGUUCUCUCCCUUGCUGCUGCACUCAGCCUUGGCCUCGGCAUCCGCCCCGGCGAUGUCGUGCUCCUCCUCGCUCCGAAUUCUGUUCUUUACCCUGUUAUUGCCCUCGCCGUGCUCGCAGCCGGCGCCGUACUCUGCCCCGCCAAUCCACUUUGUACCACCGCCGACGUUGUCCGCCAGGUCCGUGACUCCGGCGCCUCCAUCGCCAUCGCUGCACCCGAGGAGGCCCACAAGACCGCUGCCGCCGGGCUCCCCACCCUCCUCACCCGCCGACCGUCCCCGCCCGACGCCACCUAUGAAGCGCUUCCGUCGGCCGAGGAGAUGAUGGAGUGGGGCGACCCCAUGGCGGCGACGCCGUCGGGACGGCGGCAAUCCGAUCCCGCUGCGGUGCUGUACUCAUCGGGGACGACGGGGUCGCCCAAGGGAGCGGUGCUUACCCACGGGAACCUCAUCGCGGCGGUGUCGUUGCUCCGGUGGGCGUCGGAGGCGAGCGGCUCCGACGGCGACGUCUACCUCGCCUUCAUCCCCAUGAGCCACGUGUACGGCCUGGUCUUCUUCGCGCUGGGCCUGCCCACGACGGGCGCGAGAGUAGUAGUGAUGCCGCGGUUCGAGCUCGCGGCGGCUAUGGAAGCGGUGGCGCGUCACGGGGUGACCAACAUACCGGCGGUGCCGCCGGUGGUGACAGCGAUGGCAAAGUCCCCCCAAAAUUGGGACUUGUCGGGGCUGAGACGCAUCGGCACCGGGGCGUCGGCGAUGCCUCCGGCCUCCGCGAGGGGGUUCCGGCGCCGGUACCCGUGGGUGGAGCUGAGGGAGGGGUACGGCCUGACGGAGACGUGCGGGGCGGCGACUUUCGCGGCAGCUGCAUCGACUCGACCGGAAGGCAGGGGCGUGGGGCAGCUGCUGCCGGGAUUCGAGGCUAGGGUGGUGGCGCCGGCGACAGGGAAGGCGGAGGGGCCAGGAGGGGUGGGGGAGCUAUGGCUGAGGGGGGCCACGGUGAUGUGGGGCUACCUGGGCAAUGACGUGGCGACGGCGGAGGAGGUGGCGGACGGCGGGUGGCUCAGGACCGGCGACUUGGUCUACUUCGACGAGGACGGCUACUUGUUCAUAGUCGACCGGAUCAAAGAGCUCAUCAAGCCCAACGGCUACCAGGUUACCCCAACAGAGUUGGAGGCUCUGCUUGCAACACACCCUCACAUACUCGAUGCCGCGGUCGUGCCGUUGGAGGACGAGGAGGCAGGGCAGGUGCCCAUGGCUUUUGUGGUGAGAGCGAGUGAUAGUCGACUGACAAGUGAGGAGGUGAUGCAGUUUGUUGCUUCUCAGGUGGCACCCUAUAAGAAGAUCAGGAGAGUUGCCUUCAUAGGCACCGUUCCGAGAUCACCCGCCGGCAAAAUUUUGAGGAAGGACCUCAUAACUCUAGCUCGGCAAGCCGUGUCACCAAAGUUGUAGAGUCAUUCGCCUUCCAUGUAUACCUUAUGCUAGACUCUUUAAUUUGGUGCUUACUUAUAAGAUCCUAUGAAAUA